UAUUUACUCGUAAUUAAAAUUUUCGAACCAUCAAAUUUAACUAUUGCAUGAAAAUUAGUUAAUGAUUCGGUUUUUGUUUUUGAAAUUUUGGCAUUUUCUUGUAAAUUAACUUAAGGUAACAUUGUGAGUGAGUCUUUUUUUUUUGACAGCAAACAUUCACACACUCAUGUUGACUCUGAUGUGAGUGAGUCAUGUCAUCAUAUUUUUAGGUACCAUAAUGGAUUGAUUUUUUUUACUGGUGUAGUCAAAAAGAAAAAAAACAAUUAAUUAGCAUCUAAGACUAUCAUAGAUGACAUAACUCUCAUUCACAAGAUUACCUUACAAAAAUCAAAUUUUCAAAAAAAAAAAACUUCAGCAUUGACUAAUUUCAUGCAAUAUAAUAAUUACUACCACAUUUUUGUCUAUAAUCAUCUUCACAUUUUUUUUAAAUUUUACAGGGAUAUUCUGGCCCCACAUAAAUGGUCCUGACUAGUCACGUGUUGCCAAGUGUCGGUCUUUUGUCCCUGGGGAUGACGAGAUAUUAAUUUCCCAGUGGCCGAGACUCGAACUCUGGUGGUUUCACCAUAUUGGGCUUUUGCCCUCAUGUUAAUCACCUCCAGGUCACACGCCCGGUUUUAAGAUGCAUACUUUAAAGUUAAAAAACUUAGAAGGUAAAAAAUAACAUUCAUUUUUGCAAGUAAAAUCUGUAAAAUGUGAAAGUAUACAUAUAUAACAUAAUAGAUAUAAAAUAUGGGAUAUCCUUAUAAAUGUGAUCGACGAUACAAAAUAAGUUCCAAAAAAACAUGAAGCAAAGCAAACAUAGAUGGAUAGAUAAAAGGUCUUAGACAUCAGAAAAAGAUAAGCAGACCCUAAAGCAAAAGGGAAUAUUCACAAUGCCGCUCUUUGCCACCACCUUAAACAUGUUGUUGUCUUGACCGGAGACUCCACAGUCAUUCCACGUUUGGGUGGAAGAGGCAUUGGUGUCAAAGUUUGGAGCUCAAUCUCAGCUGAUCUCUAAUGGUUAUUUAACUAUACAAUCUAUAUGAUUCUAAAGUAAAAAUAUCGCAACUCCAAAUUAUAUUGUUAUCCAAAUGUUAAUGUUCGUAGUUUUAUUCAAUUAUUGAUCGAAAAUUGAUUUAGAAAUUGCCAUAUUUGUUUUUUUGUUUUGAAUCUUAACUAUUGAGUUUUUAUGUUUUUAUCAUUUGUUUUUUCAAAGUGUGGUAUUUGUUCAAAAUAAAAUUUAAAGAUGCUAUGUGUGAUCUAAUAGUAUAGAUCUUCUAUACUGAAGAACAAUAUGUUCUCAUUAUUGAAAUGUAGUAACGAUAUGAAUUUUCUAUUAUAAAUUGAAAAUGAAUUUCUCGUGUCAUGUAUUUGUAUAAUACUUUUAACCAUCAAAAUACACUAUUUUUAUCCAUAUUCGAUUUAGAAGCUACUAUUAUUUUUGACAUGUUCUUUUAAAGCUGGAUAUCUUGUUUGUUGACCAUUUUGAUAAAAUUUGCAUGAAUUUCUAAUUUUUUAUUAGAAAAUAAUAAUUUAAAAGUUUUUCUAUUAUAUUUGAGUUUUGAGUACUGUUCUAAUAUCUAACCUAGAACAAUGGUCGAAUCGGUAGACCCGGCGGACGCCUUGUAUAUAAUCUAGUUCAUAUUUAAUGAAAAAAUUGUUAAUUAAAAAUUUGAUUAAACCAGGUAAAAAUCCAAACCAUUUCGAAGUAGUCUUUAUUAAAAAUGAUUUGAAUCUAAAAGAAUAAAAGAAACAAACACAUGGCCGCAAAUAAAUGAAUCUGAUUUUUUAGAAAAUGAUAUAUCACGUGGUCGAAUCUGAUACGAUCUUGAUGGAUUGUAGUCAUAGUAUUGUAGUACAUUGUUAUAUUGUAAUUUUGAGUAAUUAUGUUUUAAAAAUAAACACAUAUGACUAAAGCUGUUUCCUACUGAUUUGUGUAUGAUAAAAUAUUGUUUGUAUAUAAUGAAUUUUCAAAAAGAUAUAAUUCUUUAUGAAUUUUAUGUGUAUAAUAAAGAUGACCACUAAAAUUUUGAUUUUUUAUUUAAGGUUAAAUUUUAUUUGUGUGUAGUAAAAUGUUAUUCUCAAAUGAUACUACUGAGUUUUUGAAUUUGGGCAUUUAAUUAAUGAAUCAUCUUGAUUAUUAUGACUCAAACUCAUGAUAUGUUUGAGCUUUAUUUAUAGUUACUAGGUAAUAUGGAUGAGAUUGUUAAUUUAGUUAUUUUUGUAGAUAAAAAUACAUUGGCCAUGUUUAAUUUGGAUAUUGGUUCGGUUUUAGGUUUUUUUUUGGUUUUUAAUGUAUUAAAAUAUAAAUAUCAUUAUAAUCCUUAUUUAUUUUUGUUUUGUUCGGAUAAGCCUUCUUGAAUUUUCCGUUUCUGUUGAUAGAAAAACUAUUAUUAUUUGUUUGGUUCCAUGUUAUAUGAAUUUUAGACAAUGGUUUCGUUUUAUAAUUUCUAAAUACAUGCAAAAUCAAAUGAAAUGUAAAUAAUAGUUAAAGAAAAAGAAUGUUCAUCGGUAUGAGCUAAAUGAUGAAUGCUUGUGUUUAGUUUAAGCAAAAUAAGAAACUUUUUGUCUUUAAAACACCAAAGUUUUGUGAGAAACUAUAUUAAAACAAUACGUUCUUGUUCUUAUUUUCAAAGUAAUGCGAUAAUGUAACGUGGCCAAUAUAGUGUGAACGCAAUAAAACCAAAUGCUUCUAUUUUAAUAUAUAUGUCAUAUGCUCAAAAACCAAAACACUAAAAUGCCACUAGUGGGACUUAAAAUUUCUUUGGAAAAAUAGAAACAUUUUAGAUAAAAUUGAGUUUUUCAUUAAAGAGAAAGAAAAAGUAUAAUAAUUUUUCAUACUAUAGAUUAUUUCACUAGUAAUUAAAAAUUUCAAACCAUCAAGUUUAACUAUUGCAUGAAAGUUAGUUAGUGAUUCAACUUUUUUUUUGUUUUAAAGUUUGACAUUUUCUUGUAAAUUAAAUAGAGGUAACAUUGUGAGUGAUAGUCAUGUCAUCAUAGUUUUAGGAGGUACGAUAAUUAAUUGAUUUGUUGACCGGUGUAGUAUAAAAGAAGAACAAUUAAUUUGCAUCUAAGACUGUCACAGAUGACAUAACUCUCGUUCACAAGAUUACCUUACAGAAAUCAAAUUUUCAAAAACAAAAACUGAAGCAUUGACUAAAUUUCAUGCAAUACAAUAAUUACUACCACAUUUUUUUAUCUAUAAAACAUAGUUUUGCUCUCAGAAAACAGUAACAAAAUAUUUUCUUGACUAAAACAAGAAGAAGAAAAUUCAUUCAAAAUUUUUUUUUUGUAACAACAAUUCAUUCUAAAUUAUCUAUUUUCCAUUUUGUGUAAUUUCAUAUUCUUUGCCAAAAAGAUGGGAGGGAAAAAGACAAGAGGAAGACAAAAGAUAGAUAUUAAAAAAGUGACGAAAAACGAAGACAGAAUCAUCACAUUUUCAAAGCGUAAAAACGGAAUUUACACAAAGCUCAGUGAGCUCUCCAUUCUCUGCGGCGCCGACGUCGGAUUUCUCAUCUACUCCGGCUCAGGAAAACCGUUCACGUUUGGCAGCCCUUCCUUCGAUGACGUGGCACAGCGGUUUCUCCACGGAAACCAUCACUCAGGAAUCAUCAACGGCGAGGGAAACUCGUCGGCAUCGUUGAUCGUGGAUGCUCAUAAGAAAGUGAAGAUGGACGAGUUCUGCAAAAACCUCAACAAUCUGAUGGAGAUCAAAACAGAUGCGGAAGAAGAGAAACUGAAGAUGGCUGAGCCUGCUUAUGCACCGUCGUUGCCGGUGAAGAGUACUGACGAAGAGGAGAAACAGUUGUUGCGGAGGUAUGAGGAGUAUUAUGAGGAACUGUGUGAGGUUGCUGCUGCGAAAAUCCGUGGAAGAUAUGAUGCCGCAGCAUCGUCGUCGUUUCCUCAACAUGGCUAAUGGUCGAGUUGAGAUUUUAAAUUUAGGUUUUUUUAACAAAAAUAAUAGAGAGAUCAUUUGUUUAGAAAAUUAAUAGACAUAUGUUUUCUACUGGGCGACUAUUUUUUUGUUUUUUUUCCUGAAUUUUUGAACUUCAAAUCUUGUUUAAUGCAGACAUAUUUUAUGCUAAUUAUUAGUAUUUUAUGCUUGUAGUGAUCUGUUUGAACAUUAUGGUAAUUUCAAUAAUGAUCAUCGAAAAAAAAAUUAUCAUAAACACACGUAGGGGUGUCAAAAUGGGUCAAAUGGAUCAACCCAACCCAAAACCCAAAUGGGUUUACUGUUAAUGGGUCAUGGGUCAACCCAACCCAUUUAUUAAAUAGGUUGGAUUGACCCAUGACUCAUUAAAUUAAAUAGGUUAGAUGGGUUAAUGGUUGACCCAUGGACCCAAUAUCAACAAAAACGUAUUUUGCGGUUUUGGCGGGAAACACAUUUUACCACUGAAUAAAUGAUUGGAUUUUAGAGAAAUUCAUGAUUUUCCAAUUUUAUCAAACCUUAGAAUUGAGUUUACUCAUGGUUUUUUUUAAUUGAAAACAAAAUGGGUCAGAGUUGACCCAACCCAAUAAACCCAUUAACUUGUUAACCCAUUAACUUGUUAACCCAUUAACCUGUUAACUCAUUAACCUUUUAACCCAUUAACCCAUUGGAUCAAAAAUAAACAGUUCAUUUGGGUUAAUGGAUCAAAUUGGGUUGGGUCAACCCAUGGGUCAUGACCCAUUUUGACACCCCUAAACACACGCAAAAUAGCGAGCUACUUUGAAUUGCUCAAAAAGUAUGAAACUUUGAGUCUCUCUCAAGGGAACCUGACUCUGUGUUUACUCGCCAUCUCGGUGUCCUAGUACAUGUUGUGGUGUAUCCUAUUGGAAAUAAUAAUCCUGUUCUAGGAAUAUACGACCAAAUACGUUCUUUUCUUGUAGCUUAAUAAUUUUUUCAUUUCACUAGGCUUUAUUUUCCCAUGAUCUAGCUUGAUUUUUUUUCCAUUUCACUAGACUUUGAAACACGUCCAAUCCAACUUCAAUGGAACUUGUAUAGUUGUAUACUGUAAAUAUUAACAAAGCAGAUCACAAAAAUAUAUUACAUGAAGAUGCCAUCAAAGGAAUCAAGAACAUAUUCAUCAUUGUUGUAAACGAAUAAAUACAACACAAAAUAACAACAUUUGCUUUUGUAAAUUAUUAUGGUUAUGAUGAUGCAUAUACGUUAUUGAAAUGUGAUAUGUAAGGGAGUAUCUAUCACCAGAUGAUGUUAAUAUUCCCAGCCAUCCCGAGCAUGACGGCAAUCAAAUAGACAACGGA